AGAGGAGGAGGAGGAUGAAGCGGAGGACGAUGGCGGCGGCGGAGGCGAGGCGGGCAUCGCGGCUGCCGGGCGGGAGCUGACCCCGGGGGGGGAGCCCGGCCAUGGCCUUCCUGGGGGGGCCCCGGCUCCUGGACUGGGCCAGCUCCCCCCCUCACCUCCAGUUCAACCGCUUCGUCCUGACCGGGUACCGGCCCAUCAGCUCCGGGACCGGAUGCCUCCGCAGCCUCUUCUACCUGCACAACGAGCUGGGCAACAUCUACACCCACGGCAUACCUCUACUUGGGUGUCUUAUUGUGCUGCCAUUGACCAUUCCAUGGACCCGACUCACAGUGUCAUGGCUGGGAAUUGUGCACUACCUGGCGUGUAUCUUUCCACAGUUGGGCAGCGUGCUCUACCACCUCUUCAUGAACCAUGAGGGAGGUCCUACCGUCUACCAUAUCUUGCUUACCCUUGAUAUGUGUGGGAUAUGCAUGGUCAACACCUUGGGUGCUCUGCCAAUCAUCUACUGCACACUGGCCUGCUUCCCAAUUCCUCGCACUCUUUCCCUGUUGUUCUACACCGGCCUGUCAAGCUACGGCAUCUUCUGUGCAGUGACUGCCCGUUCCAGUGUCAAUCGCCUGCGAGCCUUUGUCUGGCAGGCCUUCUUCCGCUUCUUCUUCUUCUACUUGCGCUGGGUGGGAUUGGGGACAGGACAUCCUUCCUCACUGCGUUCAUACCUCAUAAUGGACGGGUUGGCCUUCCUUGGGGGUGUCAUCAAUAUCUCGCGAGUGCCUGAGCGCUGGAAGCCGGGCCGUUUUGACUACUGGUUCAACAGCCAUCAGAUUAUGCACGUGCUGGUGAUAGUCAGUAUCCUCUAUUUACACUGGGGAGUCGUGGCUGAUCUACAGUGGAUUGGCAACCACGCCUGCCAUUUGGAAUGACCACUCUGUGUCUCGGCCUGCACCCCAGCCUUCAGCAGGAGAACCCCACUGAUUGAGAAGUGGGAGGCUUUAGGCUGUUAUUUCAUUGUUCAAAGUCUUCUACAAGGGCUGAAUUGGACAAGGAAGUAUGUGGAAACAACCUACUUAGAAAAGGGUGGGAUUGCCUUCUCUUGGGACCAUGGCUUUCCAUUGGUUGCAUACUCAUGGAUCAACAUUUCUAGGAUCUGGGUACUUGUGGGUCAGCAGUGGAUUUCCAUUGAUCUGAGGUGCUUUGAAAUCAGCCAGUUUCUCCCCUUGUUCUUCCAAAGUACCACCACAAGAGUGGGUGGGUAAGAAUUACAUGGUUAGUAAAUAGCCUGGCUUACUGACCUACAGUCUCAUAACUUGUGGGGAUCCUACAGGCGUUUCCUCUAGGUUGUGCGCCUUUGUCAUCAGAGCUAGAUUUCUCCUGGGCUUUGGUGGUGGUGGUGGCUGAGGGAGAAUACCGUUGCUUUGACAUAAUUUUCACCUGUUUUGAAGGUGAAGUACGCACUGGGAGAGAAGUAAUUGAGUAGAAGAUGCUAGUUUUGAGUACAACUUCUCUGCUUUCUAGAGGCACGGUAUUUAAAUAGACCUUUUUAUCCAGGUAACUUUCAGACACCAUGCAAUACUUUCUGGGUUUUUUUACAAAAGGGCUGGUUAGACACCUGGGUGCCAAGGUCAGCUGCCCUUGAAAGAAGGGGAGGGCCUUUUGGAAAGAAAAUGGUGGGGUGCAGCUAGCCAGCAGACUGGAAAAGAGAUGCUCUCUAUAUGUAUUAAUUUGCUCUGAAAUGACUUGAAGCACUUGAACCAGCACCUCCCUUCCCCCUUCCCUGCCAAAGGGGCAAACAGGGGCCUUGAAAUUUGGUUGGGGUGGAAGCUCAGGAGGGUCCAUGUUUCCACUUCUGGUAGUUUUCACCAAAUUUGGGAUUUUGGCUGUCUUACAGCUUGUCUCCAUUUCCCAUUUUUUUUCUGGUGACUGGUAUUUAGGGAUAAACCCAGGAUACCUAUUCUUGGAUUGGACUUUUUUCUCCUUCUUCACUAAUUAGACUUCUGCCAAAAUGUAUGCUUUUCAGCAUGAAAUUGAGAGAGCUCUUUCAGGUUUAUUUCCUGAUGGCUCUCAUGAACACAUGAGUUGAUGCUGCUUGCCUCCUCCCCUUUCUUGGCCUGGAGACAAUUCUACUCAUUUUUCCAAAUCUCUGUUAAUUUUUUUUCCACUGGCCUUUUGAAUUGGUAGCUCAUGGUGGCUAUCUCUGGAUUUUGCAUUGUUUGGCUAGAACUGGAAUCAUGAGGUUGGUGCCUACUUUAAAAAUAAAUUUUAAAAAUGCUAACAUCUUAACUCAGAUUCAUGGUCACUAGCUAAAUUUUUCUGGAUGGCUGAUCUGGAUUGUAUUCUGGCAAGGCACUUGGCCAUUCCUUUACACUCCUCUUUUGUCCCCCAGGUUAGGAACUGGGAGGUCAGGCAUUCCCUUCUGGUGCCUGAAAUUUGGCUCAGAGCCCUUUAGGUGCUUGCUUGAUGCCAGUGAAAUUUUCAUGGCAGAAAUUCUUAAAUUACAAUCUUUUGGGGAGGGUAGCCUCAAAAGAAUCCACCCAAACCAGCCCACCAACCCAAUUCAUAUUUGGUAGUCCUUAUAAAGAUAUUGUCAUUUUAAGUUCAGCAAAUGUAUUUACCUAGGUUACAAGAAUGUGGCUUUUAAAAAGCUCUUGUAGACAAUGAUGUUCCUCCCUUCUCACAGUGGAGAUUUCUCUUUUUUUCUUAUGCAGCACCUAUCUUAAUCCAUACUGUAUCAGUGGCUGAGCAAAUGAGCAUGUGUGAAAAUAGUUAAGGACUUAAUUCUGGUGAACCAUACUGAUAACUAGUUCUCAGUGUGUAGCAAAGCCAAGCCUAUCUGGAUUUCCUUGAGUCAGAGCCAAACUAGAUAUGGCAUGUAGUUGUAUCUUUCUGCGAAUAUGAGUGGGUGGGUGAAGUGAAAGUUACCCUCUUGCAAUUUCACUCUGCAAAGUGAGUGGGUGGGAGGCAGUGCUGUUAGCAAACCGGCCAGAUUGGAAUGAGCAUCCCCACUCCUUUCCUUUAAAUUCUCAGGUGCCUGGGGCUGCAUAUGUUCUUAGGAAAAGACCUGCAAAUGCAUGCCAUAUUAAUUGGGAUCUGUCAUCUCUAGAGAGGGUGAUUCAGCUGGUGGAUAAGAACUUGGACCAGUCAGGUACAAUUUUAACAGUGAGCAGCUGAAGCGCAUAUGGGAAAGAGAUUUCAUUGGGUCUUGGGAUGGUAACUAUUGUAAAGGUUUCUGCCUUGGUGGAGAAUAUCCAAGUUGAGGCCUUCUGUUUACUUGCCACAAGUUGUCUUCUGCUGAGGCAGAAGGAAGAUGCAUCAACAGGUCUGCAUUAGGAGGAGGGAAAGACUGAUUCAGGCCUCCCACAUUGGGGUGUGAAACGUCUUUUCUGCACUGCUACUUUGGGCUGCAGUGGUUUCACCUGCUUCCACAGCCCAGUCUUGUCUCUUGUUAUCUCAGGGUAGACGGACAUGGUUAAUGUUCGCAGCUUCUUUGGGCUGAAGCGACAUAUCUCUUUAAAAUAAAAGAGCAAGGCACCCAGCUAAAAAUGCACUUCAUGGAGGAGGGAGGAAAGAAAAUGUAGGUGCUUAUGGUUCCAGAACCUCUUGGACAGAUGGCAUGUCUGGGCUUCUAAUAAAGAGAUGUAUAAGGAAUAUUUGUGUUUCGCCUGGCAUUUCAUAGGAAGUGGUAUCUCUUUUUGGAAUUCUUCAGAAACGUCUUCUAAAUGGUGUUACAAUCUCUUCUGUGUUGUUGUUUCUUCAUACUGUGUACAAGAUAACUCCCCAGGUUUCAGUCUGAUGCCUUCUGCUGUUUAACAUGCCAGAUCCUAAUAGUUUUGUCCAUGGCACUACAUUUGGGUCAGUUUUUAGAGGUGGGAACCUGCAGCUGCCCAGAUAUUGGAUUACCACUCCCAUGAUCUCUUGACCACUGGCCAUUCUCUCCGAACAAGUUGUGAGUCCGACAGACUCCUGACUCCUAAGAGGUGAAAAUGAUCGCCUGUGGCUCAGGUCAAGUGUAUUUUAUUGUGCUUAAAGCACUCAACUCUUGUUUUAAAAAUAUUCAGAAGAAUCAGGAGAUUACAGUUCACAACUUAGUGAUUAAUCUUAUUAAAAGCAGUGGAAUUAAUUGUACU